UUUCUUCUGCUGAGUGUGUUUUUGUUUUUUUUUUUGAAUUGGAGAGGACAAAGUAGUGAAAAUUCCCGGAAACAUACAUCCCUCCGUAGAAAGAAAAUAAAAUUCAUCGGAGACGACUUAAGGAGAAGAAACGAAAGCUCCCCUCCUCCGAUCUUUCACAAUCCCCGAUUUUGAUUUUUUUUUCGUUCAUCCCGAUUAGUAGAGAUGAGCGGAGGUCCCUCCGGUUUCAAUAAUGCUCCGGUAACGAAAGCCUUCGUUGUUGCGACUGCCCUUUUCACUGUCUUCUUCGGGAGCAGGAGCGGUUCUUCCAACCUCGCCUUGUCUUACCAGGAUAUUUUUGAGAAGUUUCGGAUAUGGAAACUAAUCAUAUCGAGUUUUGCGUUCUCGUCCACAACAGAGUUGUUUUCCGGCUUGUAUUUGCUCUACUUCUUCCGAGUCUUUGAGAGACAGAUUGGUUCUAAUAAGUAUUCGGUUUUCAUCUUGUUCUCUGGGGCUGUGUCACUGAUACUAGAGACCAUUUUGUUAUCUCUGUUUAAAGAUCCUACUGCAAACCUACUGACAUCUGGACCAUACGCCGUCAUAUUUGCUUCCUUUGUACCCUUCUUUUUGUACAUUCCAGUAACAAAGAGGUUUGGUGUAUUUGGCGUCUCCUUCUCUGAUAAAUCAUUCAUAUAUCUUGCGGGUGUCCAGCUUUUACUGUCAUCUUGGAAAAGAUCCAUCCUCACUGGAUUUUGCGGCAUUAUUGCUGGUUCCUUGUACCGGUUGAACAUCCUUGGUAUUCGCAAGGCAAAGUUCCCCCAGUUCAUGGCUUCGUUCUUUUCCCGGUUUUCUCUGCCCUCCUUGAGCAGCCAUUCUCAACCACCAAGAAGGACAUCACCCAACUUAGGUCGCCAAGCAGUGAGAGCUUUUCGAGCUCCGAUGCCAUCAACUACAGAGCCAUCUCAGGAAGCCAUAGCUACUUUGGUAUCAAUGGGAUUUGACCAGAACGCAGCGAGACAGGCUCUUGUACAUGCCAGAAAUGAUGUCAACGCUGCCACCAACAUCCUUCUUGAAGCACACUCUCAGUAAACCCUUUACUAGGAAGUUCAGAAACAUUGUUGAUUUGAGAUGGAGACAUUGCACAACACAAGAGGUAUUCUUCUGCUGCGUUCUAACAACGGAAAUGACCUUACCUUAACGACAAUAUGUCCAGUGGAUGAUCUGAUUUACAUCCUCUUUUUCUUUCUUUUAUAGGUAUUCCUUCUGCCUCGUUUAGUUACCGUUGUAGUUUUAGAACAAAGUUCGUAGGUUAUGUUUAUUAUGUAAGUGCAGAUUUGAAAGAAAGGAAAAAAACAUGGAGAUUGAGGUUUAUUUGACUAAACCUUCAGAGAUUAA